AUUAUUUGGUUCUUUAAUUUUGUCUGAUAGAACGCAUGAGUUAAUUUCAAGAUUUUAUUGUUUUACACCCUUGAUUCUUCACCCCCUUUCCAGUAUAGAAAAGCCAAUUUCAAAGGAGAAUUCUCAAAGGUUCAGACAUUUUCUUGUAAUUGAAGUGAUGAUUUUUCUUCACCCAAUUUGUGUGUGUGUGUGUGUGUGUGGAGAUUUUAUGCAUUUUGGGUCUGAGAAUUUGCAGUACAGGGAGUGAGGGGGGUUUAAUUAUUUGUAAAGAUAUGAUAUUUCCAGAAAACGUGGGGGUUUUAAUGCUUUUAAAGAAUUUCCUUUUUUUGUGUGUGUGUGUUAAAUUGAGCCAGAAAGUAAAAGGAUUCUCUUUUCAGGGAGAGGACAAUAUCAAUAAACCGGAUAUGCAUAUACUAUAUCUCUGCUGCAACAUCAUUUUUUUGAGAUCUUAGAGGUUGCGGUGUAUAAUUGAAUGCUAAGGAUUACCAUAAUUUGACACCUGUAGCCAUUUUCUCUUCGCUAUCUUAAAUACCGCGGAUUACAGUAUUGUGUAGAAGCGUAUCCAUUCGAUAUUCAUCGUUUACUCCGUCCAUCACUUUCCCUCACUCUGCUCCAUACUGGAAUCAUAACAGCUCAAACAGCAUGAAGGAACGCCAUCCAAAACAUGAUGAGAAAAAGAGGAGCAUUCUUGAAAGUCCAUCUAGCCAUUUGAGUGAAAAGAUCUUGGAACAGUCAUCAGCUAGGUGGAAUCCGUUUGAAGCAUGUCGACCCAUCAUAGAUGAAGCUCCUGUCUUUUAUCCAACAGUAGAGGAGUUUGAAGAUACCCUUGGCUAUAUUGCAAGCAUACGCCCAAAAGCAGAGGCCUAUGGGAUAUGCAGGAUCAUACCUCCUCCAUCUUGGAAUCCACCUUGCCUUCUUCAGGACAAGAAUAUUUUGGAAUGCAAAUUUUCCACAAGAAUCCAACACAUUGAUUUGCUUCAGAAUAGGGAGCCAAUGAGAAAGAAACGACAGCGUAAGAGGAGGCGAAGGGGUGGACAAUCAAAGUCAAGAUCUACGCGGAGAUGUCCACCUGUCGCUGAGAAUGAAGAUAAGUUUGGGUUUCAAUCAGGGCCCGACUUCACGCUGAAGGAAUUCCAGAUAUUUUCUGAUGAGUUUAAAGAGCGUUAUUUCAGGAUGAAGGAUGGGAAAGAAGGAACAAAUGGAAGGAAUGGGCAUGACAGUGAACUGAAGCCCUCUCUUGAAGAUAUUGAAGGUGAGUACUGGCGAAUCGUUGAGCAGUCAACAGAAGAAGUUCAGGUGUACUAUGGGGCUGAUCUGGAAAGCGGGGUAUUUGGUGGUAGUGACUUCCUCAAGGCUUCAUCAUCAGAUCAGUAUGCAGCUUCUGGUUGGAACUUGAAGAACUUCGCACGUUUACCUGGCUCUGUACUGUGCUUUGAAGAAUGCAACAUCUCAGGAGUAGUUGUUCCAUGGCUCUAUAUUGGAAUGUGCUUCUCAUCUUUUUGUUGGCACGUUGAAGACCACCAUCUCUAUUCACUCAAUUAUUUACAUUGGGGUGAUCCGAAGGUUUGGUAUGGAGUCCCGGGAAGUCACGCUUCUGCAUUGCAGGAUGCAAUGAGGAAGCAUUUGCCUGAUCUCUUCAAAGAGCAACCUUUCUUGCUAAAUGAACUAGUUACUCAGUUGUCUCCUUCAGUGUUGAAGUUAGAAGGAGUGCCUGUGUACCAUACAGUGCAAAACGCUGGGGAGUUUGUUUUGACAUUUCCAAGAGCGUAUCAUUCUGGAUUCAACUGUGGGUUCAAUUGUGCCGAGGCUGUGAAUGUGGCCCCAGUUGAUUGGUUAGAUCAAGGACAAACAGCAGUUGAGCUCUAUAGUGAACAGCGCCGCAAAACCUCGCUGUCGCAUGACAAGUUGCUUAUAGGUGCCGCCAGAGAAGCUGUACAGGCACUAUGGGAGCUCUCAUUUCUUAAGAAACUAGAAGAUCCAAGAAAUUUGAGAUGGAAGAGUGUGUGUGGACAGGCUGGAAUGUUGACCAAAGCAAUUAAGAAAAGGGUUCAAAUGGAAGAGGAAAGGAUGAAGCAGCUGUCUCCUCUGAUGUCUAUUCGAUACAUGGACACAGAUUAUGACUUGAAGGAUGAGAGAGAGUGUUUCAUGUGCUUCUAUGACUUGCAUCUAUCUUCAGCUACAUGUAACUGCGCCUUAGAAAAGUUUGCAUGCCUUUCACAUGCAGAUCACCUAUGUUCCUGUAAACCAGACAAUAAAAUUGUUUUUGUUCGCUACACCAUAGAGGACUUCAAGAAGCUGGUCAAAGCUUUGGAAGGAAGCUUUGAUGCAAUAAAAAUGUGGGCUUUCAAAGAUUUAUGUGCACCUCCAGAUGAGGUAGUAAAUGAGGUUAUUAUAACUGAGACCCGUUCUAUAAAAUGUGAGGACAGUUUGGGGAGUGAUCACGGAUUUGAUUUAAAUGAGAACUGUUUGUCCAAUGAAAAUGAAGCUGGUCUGACGCUAAUGUCAAGUAGCUCCAACAAAGUCACAGAGAUAGAGAUCUCUGACAUUUCUGAAUCUGCAAGGGGGGAAGGUAAUAGUCCUUCAGUUAUCAUGGAAAAGAGAAACGUAGGUGACCAUUUAAGCAUCUCUUGCUCAAAUAACUUUGAGAAUGGAAUGAAGUUAUUCGGAUGUGAUCUUGCUGCAAGAGUUCCCUUUGAUGGAAAACAUAAUGCAGCAGGAGUUGUGGACAGUUCAAUGGUAAUGUAUUCUCACAAUUCAAGCAUUCAAGUUAACCUUUUGAACUAUGGGUGUCUUACUCCUGGAAAGCUAUGGUGCAAUAAGUUGGCCAUAUUCCCUAAAGGAUAUAAAAGUCGCACUUGGUUUUGUAAUAUGCUCUAUCCAAGAAUCUACAGCAGCUAUAUAUGUGAGAUCUGUGAUGGUGGGCUGCUUGGACCUCUAUUUAAGGUUACUUUGGAAGAUUGUCCUCUAGUAAGCUAUACAUGCUCAUCAGCUGAGCAAUGCUGGGAAACGGUGGUUGAAAAAUUGAACAAUGAAAUAAUGAGGCAGACCGUAUUAGGGAAUACGAGACUCCCUCCAUUGCAAGAUAAUAUUAAUGGGCUUGCAAUGUUUGGCUUAUUAUCCCCUCAUAUCGUUCCGGUAAUUGAAUCGCUUGAUCCAGGCCAUCUCUGCACGGAGUACUGGAGUCAGAAGGAGAGGAUAAUGAGUCUUUUCUCUGACAAUAAAAUGCAAUCUAUGCUGAUAAGGUUCUUCAGUAAAGCAAAUCCUGAGGAGUUGGGAAUGAUGCAUACAAUAUUGUGCAGCGGGUCUAGCAGCCCGGGAUGGAGAAUGGCACUUUCUAUCCUUGAUGAUGACAUGCACAAGAAAGUUCAAAGAGACCAACAUAGUUGACACAUCGUUUUUCUCUUUCAAAAAAGUCUCAUCAUCCUCAUAAAUAAAGAUUUUCUAUUGGCAGGAAGUUUUCUGAGGUGACCAAGUUUGAUUUACGGCAAAUCGAUCUAUUGAAUCUAGAGUUCUUAAUUUCUUCCUGGUUUGAUAAAGGGGUCGACGAUCGCUUUCGGUUGCAUGGCUUAGACGUUGUUCUUUUGAAUACUUGCAUGACUCUUGCAGAAUAGUAUCAAGGCCUCUGAGAUUUCUCAUUUCCUUGAAUUGUUUGAAGGUUUUUAUAGAUAUGUUAUGAAUAUGUAUAGUGAAACAAUUGAAUGAUUUGUUCUCCAAGCUUCAAAGUUCAAAUUAACUCAUCUUUUUGU